AUGAGCUAUUUCAACAAAAAGAAUGAAGAUAACAAACCUGUUGAAAUGAAUUCUUACACUGCUCCUGCAAAUGGAGGCGGAUACACCUAUAGCGGAUUUAAUUAAGAUUAAUUAGGAAAUGUUCCAAGAUUAAAUGAUUAAUAAAAUGGAUAUGGAUAAUAUAAUGUUAAUGCCUAGUAGCAAUACGAUUAAUAGUUCUAAGUUAAAAUUAAUACAGGUUAGUAUUCAAAUUAAGAUCCUUUAAUGAGUGACCCAGCAAAUAGGAGUGAUAAUGUGACAUAUAAUACAGUUAUUGAUGAUAAUUAGAAUUAAUAGCAACAAAAUCCGUCAUAAUUAGAUGUGUGUAUAGAAUAAAUAAAAUAAAUGAUGCGUAUGGAAGGUAAAAGCCCUAUCUGUAAACUGCUUACCUAUAUUAACAUAUUUUUAGGUAUUUUGAUAUUUUAUUUAAUAGUUCGCUCUUUUUGA